GCGACGUCUGUCACGCCAAUCCCCCCGGCGAACAAUUGCAAGAGCUAUUCUGAUCACUGCCCACUGCCCAGCGAUGUUCAAAUUUCGCAGUGACCUUUGGUGCGGGCUUGGGGUUAGGGUUAUACAAAUAGAAAGAACCCGAUAUUACAUAUUAAUAUUUUCGCAAGUCCUUACUUCAUGCCUCUCGACGGACACGGCUACCUGACAUCGUACGGAUGGUCAGGCAAAGGCACGGGCCUUCGCACGGGUGCUAUCGACAGGCCCCUUGCUAUCCCCCAAAAACGAAACCUCGCCGGCGUAGGCAAGGAUCGUGACGAGGCAUUCCCGUUCUGGGAUCACUUAUAUUCAGCUGCCACGAAAGCUAUCACCAUCAAGAUAGCAGAUGAUGAUGACAACGAUGUCGACGACGAUCAAAACGAGGAUUCAUCAGAGUCCACGACCCUUCAACUAAAACGAACCACGACUGGCAUCAUCUCGAAUAGAAGACCGUUGUCGGGUACCCCUGCAACCGGAACAUCUACCCCAGACUCAGACAGUUACCCACGUAUCUCUGUAAUGACCAUUGCGAAACGUGAGGCUGCAAGAAUGGGCUUAUAUUCUCGAUUUUUCCGAGGGCCAACAUUGGCCCCUGAUGAUCCUAGCAAAUUGUCAUCAUCCCCUUCCCCGUCCCCCCUGCAUUCUGCUGAUUCAACUUCCGAAAGAAAUAUCGCUCCUCUGACUGACGUCCCAAGCCGGAAGGAAAGUACAAAGCGGAAAUCAACAGACCUGCUCGAGACCCGAGAGCAACGGAGAGAAAGAAAACGACUAAAACGGGAGAAAAAGGAGAAGAGAGCAGCGAAGAGAGCAGCAAAAGCUAAAAAAGAAAAGCCCGUACUACACAACCUCGAGACGAAGGACGAGCGCAGGGCGCGGAAAGAAGCCAAGAGGGCUAUGAAAAAUUUGGAGGGAAAUUCUCCUGAUAUUGCAGAACGUCGAAAACUACCUGGAGAUGUGGUCUUUACGAGCCUCGACCAGCCUCGAUCACAGGGACAUUGCAAAAGAUCCAUAAAUACUUCUCCUCAGGGUGACGAUCCUGCGACCAAGGACGACAUAGACACAAAGAAGAGGAAAAAGAAGGGAGAAAAGAAAGAUCCAUAAUUUAGCAUUUCGUCCUAUCAUUAUCGAUGUUAUCGCAGGUUUAUACCAUUACAUUGUCAUUCGAGUAUUUCUCGUAGUAAACAUAUUAAAAUCUGUAUUCCAUUA